GUUUAUUCCAUUGCUGGAUGUCCAAAAGGGAGGGGGCAUUUAUAUGGGGUGCAGCGGUUAUAUAUAAAAAGCACAAUCUGAAUGAGGGUGGAAGUGUCUGGACCUGAAGAAAGUUAGAGAGCAAUGAUGCAUACAGUCAAGCUGCUCUGUGUGGUGUUCUCGUGCCUCUGUGCUGUCGCAUGGGCUUCUUCUCAUCGCCAGCCAUGUCAUUCACCACCUUUGACCAGUGGAACAAUGAAAGUGGUUUCAACGGGGGGUCAUGACCUUGCAUCUGGAGAGUUCAGUUAUGACUCCAAAGCGAAUAAAUUUCGUUUUGUGGAAGACACUACUCACGCGAACAAAACUUCGUAUAUGGAUGUGCUCGUACAUUUUGAAGAGGGUACACUUUAUGAGAUAGACAGUAAAAACGAGAGUUGCAAGAAGGAGACUCUGCAGUUCCGUAAGCACCUGAUGGAGAUUCCACCCGAUGCCACUCACGAGUCUGAGAUUUACAUGGGCAGCCCCUCAAUCACAGAACAGGGACUCAGAGUCCGGGUCUGGAAUGGAAAGUUGUCUGAACUUCACGCUCACUACUCUCUGUCAACCACUUCCUGUGGCUGUUUGCCGGUCUCUGGAUCCUACUAUGGUGAGAAGAAGGACCUUCUCUUCAGUUUCUUUGGUGUUGAAACAGAAGUUGAUGACCCACAAGUCUUUGUGCCCCCGGCCUAUUGUGAGGGCGUGGCAUUUGAGGAGGCCCCAGAUGACCACAGCUUCUUCGACCUGUUCCACGACUGAAAAAAAACAUGAGAUGAUAUACAAACUGCCAAAGAUGGCUACACGCAAUAAUAAAAAGAGCAUUUAAAUCAAAAUAUUUCCUGUAUUUCUUCAGAAAAUGCCUGCAGUUUCUAUCUCACUAUCUUUUUUUUGUCUUUGCAACUUGUUUCUUCACUCUAAUUAAGUCAAUAAAGCUGAGCUUUCACUGAAA